GGUUUCAAGGGACCAAGGUUAGAGAAGGAGUGAAGGAAAUUUUGUAAUCUUUUUUGAAUAUGAUGAUAUGAGUAGUUGAAAUUGAUUGUAUAGGUUCCAAUGUCAUAGAUAUACUUGGGAAUUUCUUUGAAUCAAUUCAGUCGAAAAGUGUUUGAUUUUUGAAACUACUAAUCAAUUUCUUGUAAUUUUCUUUUUUAUGAGCAGUGGCUGCUCUCCAGGACCUAUACAGAACCUUGAACUACCCACCAGAGCUUCAAGGAUGGAAUGGUAGUGAUCCUUGUGUAUAACUGAUGGACUGGGACACCAGGCUCAAAAUUGCGAUUGGAUCAGCCAAAGGACUUGCUUAUUUACAUGAGGAUUGUAAGUGAUAUGCAUGCUUAUCUUCUCUUAAAUAAUCAAUUUGUGUAGACUUUUUUUUUGUUAAAAGGAUGAAAUCAUUGUUAUUAACUUAUGGGAAACAUCAAUCAGGUCACCCUCGCAUCAUUCACCGAGACAUAAAGGGUGCAAACAUUCUAAUUGAAAACAACUUUGAUGCCAAAGUGGCAGAUUUUGGAUUGGCAAAGUUUAAUCAAGACACUAACACAUGUUUCUACUUGUGUGAUGGGAACAUUUGGGUAUUUGGCUCCUGAGUAUGCAUCAAGUGGCAAAUUAACUGUGAAAUCUGAUGUUUUCUCAUUUGGUAUCAUGCUAUUGGAGCUCAUUACAGGACGACGGCCGGUAGACAACACUGGUGAUUAUGAAGAGGAUAGUUUGGUUGAUUGGGUAAAUUACUUCAAAGUUCUGAGCUCAUUUGCCAUUCUUGUGUGGAGUCCUUUAGCAUGCUCUAUAGUGUAGAGUAGACAAAUUAAAUUUUAUCUAUAUUGGGUUUCAUCCAACUAAAUUUAAUGUGAAAUCUCGAGUCAUCAACCAAAUUUUGUUUGAAGGAGCAGCCAAAUAAGUGGGGCUUUAUGAGUUUCCUAGUUUACUUUGUAACUUCGUCCUCAUGCCAAAUUAUAUUGUUUCUAAUUCAUCAAACUUGCAUUUCCUUUGGGGAAGAACUGUGACUUGUUCAGAAAUAUUUUGACUUUAUCUUUGCUGGUGAAGCACGUUGUGUGUAACCUCUUGUUCUCAUUUUCUUAUAAACUUCCGUUCAGAAUCACAUUGACUAAUAUUUUCUAGUUAGGUGUGCUCUUGUGUUUGUUUUCAUUUUCAUUGGACUUUUGUUCUGAAGCACAUUGUCUCUAUCUUUACUAGUAAAGAACAUUUCAUGUUUGUAACCUCUUUCUGAUUUUCAUUAGACUUGUGCUACCUUUGGGUAAGAACUCUCCACUUGUUCAGAAGCAUUACUAGUAAGUCAUGUCUUCGUUAUCCCAUUGCUCAUGUUUUCAUUAGACUUCUGUUUCCAUAUAGAGCAGAUCUCUUGCUUGUUCACACUAUAGAUACUUACAUUUAGAACUAGCACCCCAACUCUUGCUUGAGCAUUUCAUUUUCCUCACAGGAUACUGAGUGCUCAUGUUCCAUUUCCUAUAGAAUGGUCUCAAGUCCUGUACUAAAACAGCUCUUGUUUUCAUGUUUCAUAACUUGAGAAUAACAUGCUUUCAGUCAUCCAAUCUUAGUCUAUUUUAUUGUAAAUUUGCCAACAUUUGGGUUUUCAAAUAUGAAAGUUUAAAUA